AUGAGCGACAGCCUGACGGACGAUUUUCAGGGGCCACUGAGCGCACCGAGUGGAUACGUGAAGAACGCCCAACUUUCUGGUAACUGCACCUACACUGGGCAGGUUGCCGACGACUCCAUGCAUGGAGAAGGUGUUUUGACGACAGCGCUGGAUGUGUACACGGGGAGUUUCUCGUGGGGCAUGCGCCAUGGGCAGGGCGUCUUCCGCUCCAAGGUGGAGAAGCAUCCAACCGGGGUCAGGCUGUACGAUGGCGCCUGGAACAUGGAUGAGCGUCACGGCAUCGGCAGCAUUGAGUGGUGCAACGGCGACUCCUACGAGGGAGGCUUUUUCAAGGGAAGACCGCAUGGGGAAAAGGGCUCCUACGCCUUUGCGGACGGUCGUCUCUACGAGGGGGAGUACAGGCACGGCGUCCGUCACGGCUUUGGUCGUUUGACGCAGAGGAAUGGUGAGUACUACGAGGGCGAGUUUAGGGAUGGCGCAAUGACGGGGAAGGGGACGGGGUGGUACGCCGGGGGAAAGCGCGUGUAUGAGGGAAGCUGGGAAAACGGCGGCAAGGUGCGAGGGAAGAUGACCUUUGCCGACAGCAAACGCAUGUACAACGGCGACUGGAUGAAUGACAAGCCCCACGGAACAGGUGAAAUGGUUUUCGCGAACGGUGAUCACUACAUUGGCGAAUUUGUCCUGGGGAAGCUUCACGGCGCCGGUUCCAUCACCUACCACUCGCAGGACGGGAGAACGUACUGCGGCUUCUUUAUGGAGAAUCAGCCACAUGGGAAGGGAGUGCUCACGAUGUCAGACGGCAGCACGGUCGUGGGCUACUUCCAGCGUGGGAAGCAACUCCCGGCGGAUGCGGCGGCGGCCAUUGAGCAGGUAAUACAGGAAACCGCGUCCUUCUCUGAAGCGCCCGCCAAGGAUGAGCCACGGUCUGCGGUUUCCACGCCUAGACAGGUUGCGGCCACACGACCCCCCUCUCUGGCGGAGUCACUCGCGGAUGUUGCCACCACCACCGCCGCCGUCGCCGCCGCGAAGAGGAAGAAUACCAACGGAAAGGUGUCGUCGUCCCAGCCCUCCCCGCAGCAGGAAAGGUUGGAGGCAAGCGCGCCAUUGCCAAGGAAUAAUGAGGCAGGUAUAUCGCUUCCAUCCAUUUUGGUGGAGAGGCCAAGUGAAUUUACAAUGCCGCAGCUCCCUAGCUUAAACCCGCACAACGCACUGCUGGAGCCCAAUGGGAGUUGCAGCCAUCUUAGCAAGAAGGAGGAGGGGGAGUUGUUGGCCUUCUCCGCCUCUGUUAUCGCCGGCGGUGUGCCGAAUGGCUGUAAAGGGUGGCUGGAGAAGUUCUCCAUUGGACGGAGUUACAUUGGCAGAAGAAAUUGGCGCCGUCGGUUCUUUGUUCUUGCCCCAUUCAACACGGUGGUGAGUCUAAGCUACUUUAGGGACGAGUUAUGCCGCAAACCCGUGUCUUUCCUGCUUUUGAAUACUGAUGACACUCGUGUCGUCACGCGGCCAUCGUUGCGUACACACAAGGAGGCGACGCGGCCAGGGCGUGAAGUAUGCAUUAUAUAUACGGAAAAGGAGAAUGAGUACAAGCUGCUGCUCCGCGCCGAUUCCGAGUAUGAUCGCGAGUACUGGGCGUAUACUUUGUGCAAGUUGUUUGAUAUUAUUGAUUACCCCUCUGAUUUUCCCUUGUUGACCGGCAGCUAA